AUGUGCAGACAGCAGCUUAAACAGUUGCCACUUUUCUUGGCCUUGGCCCUGACGGUGGCAACAACAACAGCAGCAAGAAGAACAACAACGACAGAAGGAGCACAAAACAAUAUUGAACAAUUGCGACAACUUGGCUUGGGAAAUGUGGUCAAGCUGCCGCUGUACAGCGAUUUGCCGCUAUCAAAGUACGACUUCAUUGUGGUGGGCGCUGGAGCAGCUGGCUGCACUUUGGCUGCACGUCUCUCGGAGAAUCCCAACUGGAGCGUCUAUCUCAUUGAGGCAGGUGGCGUUGAGAACCUAAUGCAUCUGGUGCCGUUGAUGGCGCCCUCUCUACAGUUAACCGCCUCCAAUUGGAACUACAAAUCCGUGCCACAGCGUCUCGCCUGUUUUGGCAUGCACAAUCGGGAAUGUGCCCUGCCAAGGGGCAAGGUCUUGGGAGGCACAAGUUCCAUUAACUUUAUGAUCUACAAUCGUGGCAAUCGACGGGAUUUUGAUGUCUGGGCGGAGCGAGGAAAUCAUGGCUGGAGUUAUGACGAUGUCUUGCCCUAUUUCCUGCGCAGUGAGUCGGCUCAGUUGCAGGGAUUGGAACAAUCGCCGUAUCACAAUCACAGUGGACCACUCAGUGUGGAGGAUGUACGGUAUCGCUCCACAUUGUCCCACUCGUAUCUGCGCGCUGCUCAAGAGGCGGGACAUCCACGCACCGACUACAAUGGGGAGUCCCAAUUGGGAGUAUCCUAUGUUCAGGCCAACACGCUCAAGGGCAGGAGACACAGCGCCUUUCGGGCCUACAUUGAGCCAGUGCGUGCGCAUCGCAAGAAUUUGCACAUUCUGACAAUGGCAAGGGUCACUCGCAUCCUCAUCGAUAAGGCGACCAAGUCGGCCUAUGGCGUCGAGGUGCGACAUGCUGGCAUUCAGUAUCAGAUACGAGCACGCAAGGAAGUUAUUCUCUCGGCGGGUGCCUUCAACUCGCCACAGCUAUUGAUGCUUUCGGGGAUUGGGCCAGAGGAUAACCUAAAGGCCAUUGGGAUUCCCCUGGUGCAGGCAUUGCCCGUGGGUAAACGCCUCUACGAUCACAUGUGUCAUUUUGGACCCACCUUUGUGACCAAUACGACGGGACAGACACUCUUCACCUCCCGCUUGACGCCCCAGAGGAUUGGCGAUUUUCUGCUGGGACGUGCAGACACCUUGGUCUCCAGCAUUGGUGGCGUUGAGACUCUCACAUUCAUUAAGGUGCCAACGGCAAAAUCUCACGCCAAGCAGCCAGAUAUUGAGCUCAUCCAGGUAGCCGGAAGUCUGGCCAGCGAUGAAGGAACUGCACUAGCACGUGGCGCCAACUUUAAGCCUGAAAUCUACAACAAAAUGUAUCGUGAUCUCACGCGUAGUCAACAGGAUCAUUUCAGUUUUCUGAUCAUGCAGUUUAAGCCGAAGUCCGUUGGACGUCUUUGGCUCCAUACACGCAAUCCCCUCGAAUGGCCACGCAUUGAUCCCAAGUACUUCAAGGUCGAACAGGAUGUGGAGGAGUUGCUGGAGGGCAUUAAGGAAUCCAUACGGAUUUCAAAGAUGCCAGCACUUCAAGCAAUUGGCACUAGACUACUGGAUAUUCCUGUCCCUGGCUGCGAGAGUCAUCGAUUUGGAUCCGAUGAUUAUUGGAGAUGUUCGAUACGAACCUUGUCAUACACUUUACAUCAUCAGGUUGCCACCUGCCGCAUGGGACCGGCAAGUGAUACUACAGCCGUGGUUAGUCCCCAACUGAAGGUGCAUGGCAUGCGACGACUCCGUGUCGUGGACACCAGUGUCAUCCCAUUGCCACCCACAGCACACACAAAUGCAGCGGCCUUCAUGAUCGGCGAGAAGGCAGCCGACCUCAUAAGGGCCGAAUGGAAUUGACUAACAACUGGACGGACACUCAAGCGAUUGUUAUGAUUUUAAUAUACAUAUAAAUAGUAUAUAAUAAAGUAUUUAUUUAUAUUUAUUUGGGUCAAUAAA